AUGAGUGAACAUAGAGGCCACCAACAACAUGAAGUUGAGGUAAGAAGUGAUGUGGUCGAUGUUAUCAGCAAUCUACCUGAUUGUAUACUUGAUCACAUUUUGUCGUUUAUGCCCACAAAAGAAGUUGUUAAGACGUCCAUAUUAUCUACAAGAUGGAAGAACCUCUGGGCUUCUGCACCCAACAUUGAUUUUGAUGAUGAAAGGUUAAGGGGUAAAGAGGUUGAUGCAUUGCGUCUGCUUGAUGUGACUUCCUUUGUGAACUUUGUAGAAAGAGUAUUACGAUUACGUGAUGCAUCCAAUAUGGAGAAGUUCCGUCUAUCAUGUCAUGUUUUCCGUGAUGCAUUUAAAAUACGUUCAUGGAUUUCUCAUGCAAUCAUGCAAAAUGUUCAGGAGCUUGAUCUGUUUCUCUUUGCAGAGGAUCCAUCUGUGAUUCCUCAGUCUAUGUUUAAUAGCACAUCAUUAGUUAGCCUGAAAAUAAGAAUGGAUUGUGUUAUUGAAUUCCCAUCCGACGUUUCUUUUCCAUGCCUGAAAACCUUGCACCUGUCCUUUGUUCGAUUCCCAAAUGAUGAUUUUACAGAAAAGCUUUUCUCAGGGUGUCGAGUUCUAGAAGAAUUGGUAUUAUUCAGGAUCUGUUUAAGGAACUUGAAGAACAUUGCAAUUUCUAAUUCCACCUUAAAGAGAUUGACCAUAUGUGAUCAGUCAUCCUUUGUGGUAGUCAAUGAUCCAACUAGUGGCUGUAAGAUCAAGAUUGAUGCAGCAAAUCUUACAUAUUUUGAAUAUAUCGGAUUUCUAUCAAACAAGAUUAUCUUGAAUAAUACAUCGUCUCUGGAAAAAUCAUUUAUUGAGUUUCUGAAUCCCCGUGGGAGGGGAAACGAACUCGAAGUCGCAGGUCGAGCUAUUGAUCUACUCAAACGACUAAAACAUGUCGUGUCUUUGAGGUUAUCUGAUUAUUACAUUAUUGAGACUCUUUCAUUUGUAGCAAGUGUCUGUUCUGUGGUGUUCCCAAAUUUGACCCAUUUAAUGAUGACUAUGGAAAUCGAGAAUGAUACUUUUACAGAAUUGAUGCGAUUGCUUUCCUUCUGUCCAGUUCUACAAUCUAUUUGUUUCUCUGAGGGAUUCAAGUGCUUCAUGCACCUUGGUGAGAACCAUUAUAUAUGGUAUUCGAAACCCAUAUGCAUAGAGAAUUGCCUCAAGACAGUGAGUUUGAAGAAUUUUCAUGGUUAUAAAUCAGAAAUAUGUUUCCUCAAAUGUGUUUUGAAGACUGCGUGUGCUUUGGAGAGGAUGGAUAUCCGUUGGUCUGAGACUUAUCUACGGGAUCUCAAGAGGAAAACAAAGGCCAGGAAGGAAUUGGAAAAGAUUGAAAGGAGCUCUACGGCUUUUGUCAUCAAGUUCUCAUGA